AAAAUACGAUUCGGUCCCAGAUAUCCGGCUGUACCUGUGAAUCAUACACAGACGUCAAUAGUUAAAGGUCAUUCAACCGGAUUCUUAUGUCUACGGGGCAACUUCUGUGGGCCGUCUUUCAUCGUGCUUGAGCAGUGCGAGUCUACGGUGAAUACGAAGAGGUUUCUACGUGUUGCAUGUCUCUUCUUUGCUAGAUAUACAACUGCAAAAGUUCGUAGUACCAGUUUAUUCAACAAAGAUGGCUGAAUCAGUGACGGUGGUAAAGAUAGCGGCCAUCUUGGUCACCUUUAUCUUGACUAUGAUAUUUGGGUUGGGGCCUGCUUGGUUCGUGUCUGGGAGGAAACAACGGUACAAACAACGAGGUAGGACGCCGGCCCUGCUCAGCUGCUUCGCCGGGGGAGUGUUUCUGGCCACCUGCCUCUUGGACUUGAUUCCUGACGUCGAGGAGGAGCUGAACCUUGCCCUCGCGGGCUCACACCUCUCGUACCCGGGUUUCCCCCUCCCAAUGCUCGUGGUGGCCAUGGGCUUGUUCAUGGUUCUAACGGUGGAGCAGGUGGCCCUGAAGUACCACAGCAGGCCGCUACAGGCGCGGCACAACGGUACACACAUCGCCCUGGAGACUCCCGUGUGCAUAAACAACGAGGAAGAAGACGUGAACGUUAUGGAGAUGGGGGAAAUGCACGGUGGAAUACCCGACUCAGACCAGAGUGACGACCAUGAACAUUUGCAUGCCAGCCUACGAUCUUGGUCCCUACUCCUUGCCAUUUCCCUACAUUCCGUCUUUGAGGGCAUCGCCGUUGGGCUACAGAAAGAGACAGCCGCCGUUUUACAGUUGAUAACGGCAGUGGCACUGCACAAGUCUGUCAUGGCCUUCAGCCUCGGGAUGGCCCUGGUGCAAAGCACCAUGGGAAGGACCACCAUGGUAGGGCUCAGCAUCUUCUUCGCCAUCACGGCUCCGACAGGCAUGGCCAUUGGGAUGGUGGUCGAGUCCAGCUCUCAGACGACUCACAGCCACGGCGUAAGCGGGGUGCUGACGGGGCUGGCCACCGGCACCUUUCUGUACGUAACGUUCCUGGAGGUUCUAGCGCACGAACUCAAGUCCAACAGGGACAGGCUUCUCAAACUGGGCGCCAUUUUUCUCGGCUUCUUCACGGUGGUGGGACUGAUGUUUCUGGACGCAGACAUGAAGGAAAACCGGCAUUUCUGCCCGGAACAGUUUCAUAACUUGACUUCGACAGGCGAACUGGUGCAGACUCCUUAAUAGGGAUGACAAUGACUUUCUCACUGAGUGAAAUUUGUAGGAACAAAUCCGACAACUAAUCAGGCACAAAGUGGGCUUCCGCUUUCAAGCCACUUCUUAGCAGGACAACAAAAGACUUUAUAGUGUUACAACGAAAUUGUAAGAACGUAGUGUCAAAAUGAAACAUUCAUUAAAGGUGUCCUUGUGUCUGCAACAUACCAAUGGACAGAAGAACGGUUAUUCAUAGUAUUUAUUGUACAAGGUUCAAGGCCUGAUGCCAAUAGCUUGCGUCACUUUUAUUAGAUACAUAUAUUCAUCUAGGUUUAAAUGUUCCGUGCAAUAUAUUUGAUUCACUUUGGUAACAAAGUAGAAUUUGCACACGUAAAAGAAUUUAUCAGACGUAAAAUCCAUCGGAAAUCUUGUUUAGAUAGGUAAUAUUUAUAUUAUAAUUGUAAAGAUUCUACGCUAUAUUCACACACAAUGUUAAACGCUCAUCAACACUCUUUUGACCAGUCCUCUGAUCCUUCUCAAGUUGAAAUGACCCGAAUGCACUGUCAGGUGACCAUGACGGAACUGUGACGUCAGAAACGGGUCACCCGGCGUUUAAAGCCUUUACAAUAUC